AUGUUUUCCAAGGUUCUUAGUGAUAGCAAAUACAAAGCAUUUGUUGAUGGAGAGAUCAAGGAAAUAUCUCUGCAGGAUUACAAGGGGAAGUACGUUGUGGUUGUGUUUUAUCCAUUAGAUUUUACCUUUGUAUGCCCCACAGAGAUCAAUAGGCUCAGCGAUCUUAAAGAAGAGUUUCUCAAGAGGAAUGCUGUUGUUUUACUUGUCUCAUGUGACUCAGUUUAUACACAUAAGGCCUGGGCUUCUAUUCCAAGAGAGAAAGGCGGUGUUUUGGGUGUUUCAUGGCCUAUGAUAUGGGAUGCAAAAAGAGAGCUCUGUAGUCAAUUUUCGAUGUUUGAUGAGGAGAAUGGACAUCCCAUGAGAGGAACUGUGUUACUCUCCAAAGAUCUGAGUGCUAGACACAUGAGUGUCAACUAUCCGGCAAUUGGAAGGUCUGUAGAUGAAAUUCUCCGCCUGAUCGAUGCUCUUGCUUUUAAUGAAGAGAAUGGGGAGAUAUGUCCUGUAGAAUGGAGGAAGGACGUUAAGAAUCAUUAA